CCGGUUAUCUCCUAGAAGUUCCUGGUAUUUUCAAUUUACCGUAAACAAAAGGAAUGUGCGCCGACCCGGAAAUGAAACCUGGGGUCAGGCUGUAGCAGCCCCAAAAAUCGUCGGUACGGAGGCGGGGGAAGCUGUGGCCAUGGCAGUGGCUGUGGCCAUGGCAGGGGCCGUAGCCGGGAUGGAGAUAGGCCCGGCGGAAGAACUCGCCAAACUCGAGUAUCUGUCUUUAGUGUCGAAGGUUUGCACCGAGCUGGAUAACCACUUGGGGAUCAACGACAAGGAUCUGGCUGAAUUUGUGAUCAGUCUUGCUGAGAAAAACACCACCUUUGAUACUUUUAAGGCUUCCCUUGUGAAAAAUGGUGCAGAAUUCACGGAUUCCCUUAUUAGCAACUUGCUGCGUCUCAUACAAACCAUGCGGCCUCCAGCAAAGCCUUCCACUAGCAAAGAUCCGGUUGUUAAACCCAAAACUGAAAAAGAAAAGUUGAAGGAACUCUUCCCUGUCCUUUGCCAACCGGACAACCCCUCCGUGCGGACCAUGCUGGAUGAGGACGACGUGAAAGUCGCUGUGAAUGUCCUGAAAGCGCUCGAGGCUCUGAUGCCCAGUGCAGCCGGCCCGGAGAAGCCACGGGACGCCGAGCACCGAGACAAGACAAAGAGGAAGAAGCGGAGUCGGAGUCGAGAGCGAGAGCGGGAGCGUGAACGGGAGCGCGACCGUGACAGAGAACGAGACCGCGAUAGAGACCACAAGCGGCGACACCGGUCCCGCUCUCGAUCACGUUCCAGGACCCGGGAGAGGAAUAAAGGGAAGUCUAGGUAUCGGUCCAGGAGCAGAAGUCAGAGUCCCCUCAAAGACCGGAAGGACCGGGACAAGUAUGGAGAGAGGAAUCUGGACAGAUGGCGGGACAAGCAUGUGGACCGCCCUCCCCCAGAAGAGCCUGCCAUCGGGGACAUUUACAAUGGCAAAGUGACCAGCAUCAUGCAGUUUGGAUGCUUCGUGCAGCUGGAGGGCCUAAGGAAGCGCUGGGAAGGCCUGGUGCACAUCUCGGAGCUCCGGCGGGAGGGCCGUGUGGCCAACGUGGCUGACGUGGUGAGCAAAGGCCAGAGAGUCAAGGUCAAAGUGUUGUCCUUCACUGGGACCAAGACCAGUCUGAGCAUGAAGGAUGUGGAUCAAGAGACCGGAGAGGAUCUAAACCCAAAUCGACGACGAAAUCUCGUUGGGGAGGCCAAUGAGGAGACCUCGAUGAGGAAUCCGGACAGACCCACUCAUCUCUCCCUCGUCAGUGCCCCCGAAGUGGAGGACGACUCCCUGGAGCGCAAGCGCCUCACCCGCAUCUCCGACCCCGAGAAGUGGGAGAUCAAGCAGAUGAUUGCUGCCAACGUUCUCUCCAAAGAAGAGUUUCCAGACUUUGACGAAGAGACCGGCAUUCUUCCGAAGGUGGACGACGAAGAAGAUGAGGACCUUGAGAUCGAGCUGGUUGAGGAAGAGCCCCCGUUCCUGAGAGGGCACACCAAGCAAAGCAUGGACAUGAGCCCUAUUAAAAUCGUCAAGAACCCGGAUGGCUCCCUGUCCCAAGCAGCCAUGAUGCAGAGUGCCCUGGCCAAAGAAAGACGGGAGCUCAAGCAGGCCCAGCGGGAGGCCGAGAUGGACUCUAUUCCCAUGGGACUCAACAAACAUUGGGUUGAUCCUCUGCCUGAUGCGGAAGGCAGGCAGAUUGCAGCCAACAUGAGGGGCAUUGGGAUGAUGCCCAACGACAUUCCUGAGUGGAAGAAGCACGCCUUUGGGGGCAACAAAGCUUCUUACGGAAAAAAGACCCAGAUGUCAAUCAUUGAGCAGAGAGAGAGCCUGCCCAUCUACAAACUGAAGGAGCAGUUGGUCCAGGCCGUCCAUGACAACCAGAUCCUGAUCGUCAUCGGAGAGACGGGGUCUGGGAAGACCACGCAGAUCACCCAGUACCUGGCGGAGGCCGGCUACACUUCCCGGGGCAAGAUCGGCUGCACCCAGCCCCGGAGGGUGGCGGCCAUGUCUGUGGCCAAAAGAGUGUCAGAGGAGUUUGGGUGUUGCUUAGGCCAGGAGGUGGGCUACACCAUUCGGUUUGAGGACUGCACCAGCCCCGAGACGGUCAUCAAGUACAUGACGGACGGCAUGCUGCUGCGAGAGUGCCUGAUUGACCCCGACCUCACCCAGUACGCGAUCAUCAUGCUGGACGAGGCGCACGAGAGGACGAUCCACACCGACGUGCUCUUCGGACUGUUGAAGAAGACAGUUCAGAAACGGCAGGACAUGAAGCUGAUCGUCACUUCUGCCACGUUGGACGCAGUGAAGUUUUCUCAGUACUUCUAUGAAGCUCCCAUCUUCACCAUCCCCGGUCGAACAUACCCAGUAGAAAUUCUGUACACGAAGGAGCCUGAGACGGAUUAUCUGGACGCCAGCUUGAUCACGGUCAUGCAGAUCCAUUUGACAGAGCCACCAGGCGACAUCCUCGUCUUCCUGACUGGUCAAGAAGAGAUCGACACUGCCUGCGAGAUCCUGUAUGAGAGAAUGAAAUCCCUGGGGCCUGACGUUCCCGAGCUGAUUAUCCUCCCAGUGUAUUCUGCUCUUCCCAGCGAGAUGCAGACCCGAAUCUUUGACCCAGCCCCUCCUGGCAGCAGAAAGGUCGUGAUUGCCACCAACAUUGCAGAGACGUCGCUGACUAUCGAUGGCAUCUACUACGUGGUGGACCCUGGGUUCGUGAAGCAGAAAGUUUACAAUUCCAAGACGGGAAUCGACCAGCUCGUGGUGACCCCCAUUUCUCAGGCUCAGGCGAAGCAGCGCGCUGGCCGCGCUGGCAGGACGGGGCCAGGGAAGUGCUACAGGCUGUACACGGAGCGCGCCUACCGAGACGAGAUGCUGACCACCAACGUGCCGGAGAUCCAGAGAACCAACUUAGCGAGCACAGUGCUCUCGCUCAAGGCCAUGGGCAUCAAUGACCUGCUGUCCUUCGACUUCAUGGACGCCCCGCCGAUGGAAACCUUGAUCACAGCCAUGGAGCAGCUGUACACACUGGGGGCGCUGGAUGACGAGGGCCUGCUUACCCGCCUGGGACGCAGGAUGGCAGAAUUCCCCCUGGAACCAAUGCUGUGCAAAAUGCUGAUCAUGUCUGUGCAUCUGGGCUGCAGUGAGGAAAUGCUGACCAUCGUGUCCAUGCUGUCUGUACAGAACGUCUUCUACAGGCCCAAGGAUAAACAAGCCCUUGCCGAUCAGAAGAAGGCCAAAUUCCACCAGACAGAAGGAGACCAUCUCACCCUGUUGGCUGUGUACAACUCUUGGAAGAACAACAAGUUCUCCAACCCGUGGUGCUACGAGAACUUCAUCCAGGCUCGUUCUCUGCGCCGGGCCCAGGACAUCCGCAAGCAGAUGUUAGGCAUAAUGGACAGACACAAGCUGGAUGUGGUUUCCUGUGGUAAGUCCACAGUCCGAGUGCAGAAGGCCAUCUGCAGUGGAUUCUUCCGAAACGCUGCCAAGAAAGACCCGCAGGAGGGUUACCGGACCCUGAUCGAUCAGCAGGUGGUCUACAUCCACCCUUCCAGUGCUCUCUUCAACCGACAGCCGGAAUGGGUGGUGUACCAUGAGCUGGUGCUGACCACGAAGGAGUACAUGCGCGAGGUCACCACCAUCGACCCCCGGUGGCUUGUGGAGUUUGCUCCUGCCUUCUUCAAGGUCUCUGACCCGACUAAGCUAAGCAAGCAGAAGAAGCAGCAGCGUCUUGAGCCAUUGUACAAUCGCUACGAGGAGCCCAACGCUUGGAGAAUAUCACGGGCUUUCCGGCGGCGCUGAGGGGCAGGACCUGUGUGCCUGUCCUGCAGCAGCGGCCCGCGGCUCGGGCUUGCCCUUGGUGAAAUGCUGAGCCUGAGGACAUGGCUCUCCAGUGACCCCGUAUCUUAACUGGGCGCUUUCCAAACUUGAUUUGCAUUUCUUCCCUCGUGAAACGGGGACAGGGAUUUAUGCCUGGUUUGACAAGAGCCUUCAGCCCCCACUACCCUAAGUCACUGGGACCACCUGGGGCUCGCAGCCCUGGGAUGGGAAACAGGGUUGCAGGCAUCUGACAGGUGGACGCAGGGAGGACCCUGACUCCCUACUCGAUUCUCUGAGGAGGAGGGAGCCAUGAAGCUCGUUGGGAGUUUCGGCCCCAUGUCUGCCCCUGUCCAACCCCCGUACUUCUGACCGACCUCCUGAAAAUAUUUAUUUUCUUAAGGAAGCAAAAAUGACUUUCCUUGAAGGUUUCUUUUAGCCAAAAGGUUAGGAAAUCGGCCUGGGUUCAGGGUGGGGAGGUUCAGUAUCUGUGGUGUUGGUGCCCAUGGAGAGUCCACUGAGACCAGAGCCUAGGGCCUCUUUGGGCUGAGAGGCGACGCGCAGCCCAGACCCUGGUCUUGUCUUGGCACCUGUGCGAGGCCGGCCCUGCCGCGGAUCGUCCCCCGUCCCCCGUCAGCCACUUCCACUGCACAGGCUCUCGGGUCUGCGCGGGCGCCCGAGUGGUUACAGACGUCACAUGUCGACUGCGGAAGGCUCUCCCUGUCUCCUGCCCACCACACUCAUCGUGCAGUGUAUCCUGUUUCCUUUUGAAACAUGUGAGUAACAACAAAGCUUUUGUUUGUUUCCCCUGAAGCCCUCGAUGGGCUUUAACAAAGGGUUUUUAUGGUCAGAGUCUGCGCUCCCCUGCCCCACUGAAAACCAACAUAAGGCCUUUUGGAGCCAGUCUGUGCUCCCCAGCAUCUGUGCUCCGGGUCUGCACCGAGUGGUUUGCCCCCAGCGUGCUGUUCGGGAGUAACCACCUCCCAGUGCCCCUUUCACAGUGUUUGGAGGGGCUGUUGACUGGGAAGAACAGACAGGUGCUGCCAGGCUAGGUUCUGGGAUGACUGGUGAGCUGUUGGAGACUCGAGGCUGGUUUAGAAGCCCCCUGGGGAACGGAGCACAUUGUAUGUUCACGGCCUGCACUGCGUCCCCCAUCCCCAUUCUAGGAAGUUCUGAAAUGAUGUAAAAACUGGAACUACCAUAGAAUUGCACGCCAGGCACUAAGACCAUACGGCGUUCUAGGAAAUGGAGGAGUGUAGGCUGUCAUUGGGCAGCAGACAAACCACCUCGAAGACAGUCCAGAGAAAGCGAGUGGAGAGGAAUACAGGCAAGGAGUCUGCUGACUGAGGUCCCUGCCCCCUCGUCAGAGCUGAGUGUGCUCCUCAGGAAGCCCAGGCCUGUAAUUAGGGGCAGGGGGAGUUUGCCCUAACAGUUCAGGUCUUCUGGGGAGAGGGUGGUGAGGGCCAGCGGAGGGAACCAGUGGCAGCGGGGCUGGGCACCCGACUCACCAAUCUUAGUUCCAGCCCAGGGUCUCCCCGGUUCAGCAACAAACUCGGCUUCGCAGCCUGCCUGCCCCUGCUGAGUGACCAGCCCUGGUGGCGUUGGCACCCUUGAGAUCAUGACCCCCAAAGACGGAGUUUGGGGCCUUACACUCAGGUGAAGGAGGAGACGUUUAACAGGCCAAGGGGGGAGAGAGGGCUGGUGGUCUUUCUGGGUUUGCUGCGCAGGGAGAAGGGCCCUGGCUCUGCUGCGGCUGCGUGGCGGGGUCUGACCCGGCGGUCUGUCGGGAGCCGGCAUGCGGCCACGUCGCCCAGCCCGCGCAGAAGGGGGCCUCUGGCCAGAUUCGCAGGGCGGGCCCCCCUGCUGCUCCCAUACAAUGGGGCCCUUGUUUCUCCUUGAACCAGUAUUACCCGAGGUUGAGUGACAGCCCAGGAGAGGAUGUGGGUCUCACGCAGGGAGCUGGAGUCUUCUCCGCCCGUUAAAGUCUU